AUGAAGUACAUUCAAGCUACCAGUCUCCUUCUCGCCAGCGCCUUGGGUGCGCAAGCUCGCACGUUCACCGUGACGAACAACUGCCCCUUCACAAUCUGGCCUGCUCUCUUCACCGACUUGAACGUCGGUGCAAGCGUACCCGACCAAGCUACGGGCUGGGAAGCCCCUGCUGGGUCGACGGUCUCCUUCAACGUUCCGAACGACUGGAGGGCAGGAAGAAUCUGGGGCCGCCGAAACUGCGACUUCAGCACGAACCCCGGUCCCACCUCCUGCCUUUCUGGCGGUUGCAACGGUGGAUUGCUGUGCGACGCCCGCACUGGGACGGGUGUCCCACCAGUUUCAGUCGCCGAGUGGACCUUACAAGGCGACGAGAACAGAGAUUUCUAUGAUGUGUCGCUCGUUGACGGUUUCAACCUCCCCAUGUCGAUUACCAACAACCGAGGCUGUCCCACGGCUUCAUGCCCAGUUGACCUCGACGCUAGCUGCCCCGCCGAAUUGGGCGGUCCAACCGACGCCAAUGGCGCCCGUCUUGGAUGUAACAGUGCAUGCACCGCCAAUUUGGAUGGCAACCCCGCUGACUCGGCGAACUGCUGCUCCGGAAGUCACAACACUCUGGAGACUUGCCCCAGCUCAGGCGUCCAAGACUACAACUUCUUCAAGAGCAACUGCCCGAACUCUUAUGCCUAUGCCUUCGACGAACCGAGUGGCACCGCACUUUUCACUUGCGACUCCGGGGCAUUGGCAGACUACACCCUCACAUUCUGCCCUUGA